GUCACGUAGCUCGUAGUGUACAGUUAGUUUGGAAGCUUCGAUGCGAGCAAACGCGAUAUUAAUUACUGCAAAGAAAACAUAAAGAAUACGAAAUAAAAAUAACUUCAAAUACAAAAUAUAUACAUAUAUAUACAGUGAAUACAGAGUUCUGUAUAAAAUGCAGUUAGUUUGGCUGAAGCUCUUGCUGUUCAGCUGCCUGUGGCCUGGCUCUCACCUGCAGCCCUUGGGCUACCAUGAACUGGAGCUGUUGUUUGAAGAGCAGCAGCAGCAGCAGCAGCAGGAGCAACUGCUCGAAGAGGAUGACUUGGAUAUGACGCAGGUUAAUUGGAGAGCGAUGAUACCGUUGUUGUUGCAACGUCAGCAGUUGCGACUCUGCAUGGCUGUUUACCGUUACGAGCCGCGCCUGGUCGGCGGAACACCUUGCGAACUGCUGCUAGGCAGCGGACUGAUGGCGUACUGUGACAUCGGCCAUAUCGAGGAUCUAAGCGUAACAAUGCGCGAUGCAUUUGGCGGCAUGCUGUUCGAUACGCUGCAAAAAUGUCGGCCCGGCCUGGAAAUCUUUGGAGUGCGUUGCCGACGACGUGCCUGACUUAGACUAUGAGCCAGAAAAAUGGAUUUUAACUGAAUUGCUAAUUCAGUUUUCUGCAGUAGCUGUCGCUCUAGUUAUUUCUCCCUCUCUCUCUCUCUCUCUGCCUCUCUGUCUCUUGUGCGCUGUCUCUGUUUUCGUGUCCCUUGUCAUUUCAAUGUGUCAAUAAAAAUACGAUGUGGGUGAAGGCCUGGGCCUGGGCCUGGGCUGCCGACCAAGUCCGAGUCCGAGUCUGUGUCCUUGUUGAGUUCCAGCAUCAUGACAAAUGACGAUUAUAAUUUGUAAAAUUUGCACCCAGCUUGUUAUCCAAACGCCCGAGGGGGCGUGACAGCGCUAUCUAUCACUAUCUCACUCUUUUUCAGCCUCUCUCUCUCUCACACUCGAUGACUAUGGCCUAGUUCUUGCCAUCAGAUUCAGUUUGUUGCAAUUGUUGUUGCAAUUAGCAGAGUGAAUGGGUAGUAUAAGAAGAAGACGCUACAGCUGGGAAAACAUAAGCACAGUGAAAAACUGAUGGCUUGAUUUUUCCAUUAAACACUGCAAAUGGGAAAAUUGCACAGAGCAGAAAGCAAAGGCAUUUUGUUCGUUGGCAAUUACCGGGCGCUGCGGGGCGGGGCAGAAAUGGGGCGAAAGCAUUUAGCUUGAAAAUGAUGACCAUCAUGAGUUUUCAUUUUCAUUCUCAUUCCAGUUCUCGUUCUCAUUGCUUUCGGCUUGUUAUUGUUAUUUUCUGCUUAAUUUGUGUGCUGCUGAUGUGCUAAAACACCUCUCUGCAUCAAUCUCUAUAUAAAUCAAAAAGUUGUAGCAUACUUUUCGGCUUCGUCUGCAAAAAGUGGGCGGCACGCCCCCGCCUCGCCCACGCUACACCCGCUGGGCUCUAUGCAAAAUGCAGAAGGAAAUUGCUUGAAAUGAUUGCAUGACCAGUUGGUGUGUGUGGGUGUAUUGGUGUGUUAGUGUGUGUGUGUGAUUUGGUGCAUGUGUGUGUAAUCAAUAUCAAUAAAUGCUUGUUGCAAUUCGUUUCUCAAUUAUAUCCCAGUGUUGUAAAUGGGAA